CAGACAACAUUUCCAUAAAAAGAAACAGCACCGGUCGUGUGCACACCGCCGGGCCCAUGAUCAAAACUUUGCUAGCAGGACAUUUACUACCACUUCAUUCACCUGGAUCCUUACCACCGCCAGGGUUAUCAUCACAGCCGAUAGUCCCUACGACCCCUGCCCCCAGAUUGCCUUACUUACCGUCCAAAUCUCCCAGCUAGACCUAGAUAGCCCAUCUAUUUUCAUUACUACACCAACACCUCCUCCAGCAUAUCCACAUAUCAUGCAAUACCAGGUAUUAUUGCUCCUUUUAAGUGCUACUUUCUGGCGCAACGUCUUGGCUGAUGUCGACAUUCAAAAGCCAGAAGCUGGCGACUCAUUCUCCGCUUCAGGAGGCGACGUCACCGUUUCUCUCGAGUGGAAGGAUGACUCGGACGACAGUGAAGACGCAGACUCGCUUGACAACGUUUCAGGCUACACCAUCUCUCUCUGUACCGGGUCCAACUCCGAGAUCGAGUGUUUCUUACAGUUAGAGCAAAACCAGAAGAUCGAAGGCAACAAGUACUCGGCAACAAUCAAAGCCAGCGAUGCUCCUAGUGGUAACUUCUUCUUCCAAAUCUAUACCGAGUUCGCAAAGGGAUGGACCAACCACUACUCGCCCAGAUUCGCAUUAACCGGAAUGUCGGGACCCAAGUCCGCCACCAUCACCAUCAAUGGUGCUCCAACGUUGGUAUCAUUGGAUGUCAGUGCUAGUGGUAAAGAACCAGACCCCCAAUUGAGUGCCGGUGACGGUACCUCCAUCAACUCGGCAUCUUUCACCAUUCCAUACACAGAGCAAACAGGUAAGUCUAAGUUUGCGCCAAUGCAAACUCAACCAGGCUCCACCAUCACUGCCACCACCUGGUCUCGUCAAUACCCAACCAGUUCGGUAUCGUACUUUUCCAAGCUUGGUGGAACUGCCAACGUCCGUACUACCAUCACACCGGGCUGGUCCUACACACCUAAAUCGGCCGUGAACGCGGCAUCUGUGGCUCCUUUCCCUACAUACUACUACCCGGCCAGCGAGAGAGUCACUAAGGCCUCGCUCAGCACCGCUGCCAAAAAGAGAAGAUGGUUAGAGUAGGUUAGUGUAUUUUAUCAUCUCUCAAUGUUUUGUCUGGUUAUUUAAGACUGUUCGGAUUAGAAAUGCGUAGCACAGAGGAUUGUAAAAUCAGCCCUUGCCAUGGGGAUAACUGGAUUAGAAAAUUACUCUGGGAAUAGCCAAAUUGAAUAGCUGGUGUAAAUUUGCAGCGAUAGUUUACAAUUACUGAUAUCUAAAGUACUUAUAAAACGGGAAAUUUGAGUAUCUUGAAAUAUAGUUUGCAA